AUGGAAACCAAAGCUGCAAAGAAGAGAAGGCUGAUAGAGGAAGAAAACGAACGCAAUGGGCGAGGCAGGGACAGAUUCAGUGAUCUUCCAAAUGAAAUAUCGAACCACAUAUUCUCCUUCUUACCCAUGAAAUCCAUCGCACAAGUAAGUUUUACAUCGAAAAGAUGGAGAUCGCUGUGGGAUUCCUUUCCUAUUCUCGACUUCUCCGAGGUCUGUCCUUUCACAUCCCAGGUAUUUCAAAAGAAAAGCGUUGGCCAAAUUUUUGAUCACCAAAUGAGCGCAAUGAGGUUUAUAUCCUCAGUAUUGUCUGGCCGCCAUGAAAACUGUGAUAUAAAGUCUUUUGCUUUUUCGGGUUAUUGGAAUUCUGUUCGUUUGCAUGACUGGAUUCCUUGGUUGGUGAAACAUAGGGUUGAAAACCUAGUUCUAAAGUUCUGUUCGAAUAACGUGUUUUGUGGUCCAGGUCCGCCACCUUCAACAAGUUUAGGACUAGAACUUGGGUUUUCGUCUUCUCAUGUGAGAGAUGCGGGCGGUCUCCGCUCACUUCGAACUUUGUCCCUAACUAACGUGAAUUUAUCCGAUGUGUAUGGUGAUUUAUUCUCAGAUUUUUCAUUUCCUUUGCUUGAGAAACUGACUAUAGAGUCUUGUAGAAGCAUGAAUCAGCUCAGAAUUUUCUGUGAAAACCUCAAGGAUCUACAAGUUUGCGGAAUGGAAAUAAUUUGCCUGGACAUAUCUGGAAUGGGACUAGAGAGAUUGCUUUUCAAACUUCAUUUAACAAGUGUCAUCAGCAAUAGCUGCGUAAAAAUUUUCGCUCCCAAUCUACAAACUUUUCAAUGGGGGGCUGAUGAGGUUGCUGAGAAAGGUUUGGUACACUUCUGGCUUCCAGUCAAUGAUGCCAAAUUGAAGACUCAUACUGUAGUCAUUCUUUCCGCAUUAUCCCAAGCUGAAAAACUUACUAUAUCCUUUCAGUUUCUUGAGAUUUUAUCGAAAAAAUAUUUCGAAGGUGGUCUACCAUUUUCAUUUGUGAACCUCAAGACUUUGGAAAUUAUUACUGCUGGUUUGAGAAAAUCGGAUUUCCCGGGUAUAGCAUGCUUAUUCAAGAGCUCUCCCAUAGUCGAAAGGCUCAAAAUUGUGAUAAGUCCUAUUCAUAGACCACAGGAUGAUAAAUGGAACGACAUCUUGUUGGACAAUGCCCUCUGGAGUGAAGAGCAAUUCUGGGAAUCUCAAGCUCAAACUUUGAACUCCUUCCUUUGUCACAUUAAGGAGGUGGACUUUUCCGUUGUUACGGGCAUAGAUGAGACUGUGAUAAGUGUUGCUAGGUUUUUACUUAAACAUGGAAUAGGCUUGCAAGAAAUGAACAUUUGUCCGCAGAACUGGAAAGCCUAUCAACAAAAUCAACCUGGAUGGCAGGCUAAAUUCAAGAUAAUAGAGGAACUGCCGCGGGCAUCGGAGGAUGUUCAAAUCGUAUGGUUAUUCUAG